CUCGAGGCGGGCGCACGGAGGCGUGAUGCGGCCGUGACGUGGUUUGAGUCGGGGAUCUUUAAUCCUCUGCCGCAGCAGCCCAGCCGGUCACCGGAGGAGGGGGGCAGCAAGGUUCGGACGGGAAUGGGCCGCGCCGGCUAGGAUACGCGUAACCAGGCCGAAACAGCUCGGUGUUUAGGUAGAUAGUGAGACCGCCGAGACGAGGAGAGAUUACGACGAGAACCAGGCGAGUAUUUCUGCCUAGGCCUGACCCCCUCCACCUCCAGCCAAUUCACUCAUAUUUCCCCCGCUGAAAGGACCACACACGGACACACGGGCGGUCGAAUAUACACGUUUUUUAAAACGCUUUUCUGCUGAAUUAAAACGUCGAAUGUGGUAUCCGCAGAAUUAGCCGCCGCACGGGUACGGCGCCUCGCCCUGCCAGCUUCCCCGAGAGUAAUUUAUUCCUCGGUUCGCCCUUCACGAGCGUCGCCGCGUCCCCUGUUUUCCUGUCAGCUACUGCGCAUCAGCACAACAUGCAGGAUGAGCCUGUGGGGGUGACAGCCGCGCAGUUACCCCCAACAGCCGAGGAGGAGGAGGACCGCAGCAGCAGCUCGGUCAGCAAAUCCGCGAAGCAAGCCAUCCAGACCGAGAGCCAGCUGAGCUCCUUCACGUCGGAUUACAGCCACCUAACCCAGAAGAUCGCUUUCCCCGAGCAUUUCUGCCACACGCAGUCCCUCUGUGACCUUCAGCGAAGCAUACAUCAGCAGCUAGAGUUCACCCCGGCAGAGCUGUACCCCCCGCCCCAGGGGCGCUUCAGUCACCUGCAGCCCUUCUCCAGCGCCGCUGACCCCCGCGGCUCUGCUGUGGAGGCGGCCGAAGCCGAUGCUGCGACGCCAUCGCCUCCCUCUGUGAAUCUGAACGAGAUCCAAAUGGACUCCCCCAUCGCCCACCACUUGAAUAACGGCAAUGGCAGCAGCAGCACCGGCAAUAUGCUGUCCGGGGGUCUCAGCGCCGCUUUCCCCAACCUGCCCUCCUCCCAGGAGAUCCAGAGCGCCAGCGGCGGCCCGUCCUCGCCCUCCCUCCCCGGUUUCGGCACCCCUUGGUCCGUGCAGACCAGCUCCUCGCCUCCACCGCCGGCCAACUCCAUCAACCCCAUGCACGCGAACGCCAUCAGCCAGAUGCCCAGCACGGACUCCGAGAACAGCUUCUACCCGGGCAUCCCGUCCUCCAUCAACCCGGCCUUCUUCCAGAGCUUUUCGCCGGUGUCGGCUAAUCCGUGCGCCGGGAUUAAUGUGCAGGGCUUCGGCGGUCCGUUCUCGCCUCAGAUGAACGUUCCUCAGCAGCCGCAGAGCCGCAGGUCCCCGGUCAGUCCCCAGAUGCACCCCCAGCAGGGCGCCUUCCUGCAGCAGAGGAACAAUUACAACCAACACCAGCCCAUGGUGAAAGCGUCCCCGUGGGGGAGCCACCAGGGGAACGGCUGGGGCGGCGGCGGUGGCGGCGGGGGCAUGUCCUGGGGCCGGGACCACCGCAGAGGCAGCGGCAUGGGCGUUCCCGGCUCCGUCAGUCACGCCUCGCCCCUGAAGAAGCCCUUCUCCAGCAACGUCAUCGCUCCGCCCAAGUUCCCGCGCUCCGGAGGAUCGCUGGGGCCGAAGUCCUGGAUGGAGGAGAACAUGUUUCGCACGGACAGCAACAGCAACACCAUGUUGCCCCUGCAGGACCGCUCCAGAAUGUACGACAGCCUGAACAUGCACUCCUUGGAGAGCUCCCUGAUCAACAUCAUGCGAGUGGAGCAGGAUCCGAUAAAAGGCCGUGUGGGCUGCCCUAACCCCGGGGCCGACGGCCUUCUCAUGCUCAAUGCCAGAAGCUAUGGGAGACGUCGAGGCCGCUCCUCUCUCUUCCCGAUCGACGACAAUCUUCUCGAUGACGGCCACGGCAACCAGGGUGUCCCGGGUGUCCUCGGUUCUCCCAACUGCUACCCCCACCAAAACGGGGAGCGCAUCGAGCGCUUCUCUCGUAAGGUGUUUGUGGGGGGCUUGCCUCCUGACAUAGACGAAGAUGAAAUCACCUCAAGCUUCCGUCGCUUCGGUCACCUGGUGGUCGACUGGCCACACAAAGCUGAGAGCAAAUCCUACUUUCCCCCUAAAGGAUACGCCUUCCUGCUGUUCCAGGAGGAGAGCUCGGUGCAGGCCCUGAUUGACGCAUGCAUGGAGGAGGAUGGGAAGCUCUACCUGUGUGUUUCCAGCCCCACCAUCAAGGACAAACCAGUGCAAAUCCGACCAUGGAACCUGAGCGACAGUGAUUUUGUGAUGGACGGAUCACAGCCUCUCGAUCCCCGCAAAACCAUCUUUGUGGGAGGCGUCCCUCGUCCCCUGAGAGCAAUUGAGCUGGCCAUGAUCAUGGACCGCCUCUACGGUGGAGUGUGUUACGCAGGAAUCGACACAGAUCCAGAGCUCAAGUACCCUAAAGGGGCAGGGCGGGUGGCGUUCUCCAAUCAGCAGAGUUACAUCGCUGCCAUCAGUGCAAGAUUCGUCCAGCUGCAACAUGGAGACAUCGAUAAGCGGGUGGAGGUGAAGCCCUACGUCCUGGAUGACCAGCUGUGUGACGAGUGCCAGGGCGCUCGCUGCGGCGGGAAAUUUGCUCCCUUCUUCUGCGCUAACGUCACCUGUCUCCAGUACUACUGCGAGUUCUGCUGGGCCAACAUCCACUCCCGCGCGGGGCGAGAGUUUCACAAGCCCCUGGUGAAGGAGGGCGCCGACCGCCCGCGCCAGAUUCACUUCCGCUGGAACUAACAGGGGCCAGGGGGGCUCCACAUCCAAUGGUGACGGUCAGAGUUAAGCGAAACACCGGCUAACGGGAAAAAGAGCCUGGCUCUGCUCUCCUGCUAAACUAAGCUAUCAGUAUAAUCAAGUGCGCAACACUAUACAAUAUAUACUAUAUAUAGCUAUAUAUCUUUUGUAGCAGCCAAACACCGCAAGCCUCAGUUUUUCACCAAAACCGCCCUCACAUCUCAGGCUCUGACAACUCUACAACUCUUUUGUGGUACUUUCAUCUUUUUCUAAGUGGAGAUUUAAAAGAAAAAAAAAGAGAUUGAUUUUUGUAGCUUUUUAUUAUUAUUAUUAUGAUUACUCUUAUUAUUUUUGUAUGUGAGAUUUAAGGUAGAUACAGGAAUGUUUUUUGCAUGGGGGCAGCUCGUCUGUCUGUCUGUCUGCUGCUAGCAACCACACAGUGCGUUCAGUGCACACUUGUUUCCGGGGGGAAAAAAAAAAAAAGACCUCGAUUCUCUAACGUCGACGCGUGCCGCAGGUAAUUUAACCAAAGGUAGCAAAAAACGAUAGGAAGCUCAAAACCGACACGCUGUCUGACGCGGAAACAAGCGUUACUUUCUAAUGCCGCCACGGGCUCUCUUGUUGUUGUUUUUUUUUUUUUUUUUACUUUUUAGAGAGUUUAUUGAAAGGAGAGAAAAAAAAACCCAGAAGAAGAAAAGGUUAUUUUUUUGUGCUCAUUCUAACUUGUAGAGCGAUACCUCAAAACACAAAAUCCGGUUUUCUGCUAACAUUUAUACUUAAGAAGAAAAAAAAAAAAAGCUAUUUUAGAAGCUUUGCUGCUAUAUAUAAAUAUAUAUGAAUAGAUAUGUUGGUGUUAUAUUUAAACCCGAAUCAUGUAAAAUGAAAUGCAGUAUGCACUCAACCACUUAACGGCGCCACAGAAAGAGUAAGAGUGCAUGCACACUAGGCUUGUAAGCUGCAGAAGUAGCAUGCAGGAUGUGAGAUGUGAGAAAGAUAUAAUAAACCAAAACAGCUGAUCACUCAAAUCCUAUUUUAAAACGCUGAAAUUCUGUACUGGGUAGCAUGAUCAUCAACUGCAGAUUCCUAAAUGACAAGGAAAAAAAAAAAAAGUCAGAUGAAGUUAGGUAAGAAGAAGAAGAAAAAAAAAAACCGUACAUAAACUUGCAUGCAUCGAUGUUUCUCUGUAGUUUGAUCUGUUUACAUACUAUCAAUACAAAAACAAGUGAUAUCGGUUCUAAUGUAGACUUAGUAGACGCCAUCCUUUGGUGACACGGCGCCUUGUAUAGAUGAAAAAAAAAAAAUCUCAAAAGCAGAGUGGUGUUCAGUGGUUUGUGUUGUCCCUGUGCUGUGUGAUUGUUCUUAGUGUAGGCUGAGGCUCUAGUUUAGUUAUCAACAGAUUACGUAGAGAAAAAUUCAACAACAUGCCUUCGUUUUUCCUGCGGUCGAACCCCUGAGCGGUCCCCAAGUGAUCUGAGACUGCAGCUCUCUGGCAGAAACAGAUGCAAACACAAGAGUGACAUUAUUAAGCAAAAGUACUCAUACCCCUCGGACAUUUUUCUCACUACAACUGCCAUCGAUGUGUUAUAGACCAAUGGAAAGUAUCGCAGGUUUCUGAAACGGAGGAAAAUCACCCGUGCAGAUCUAGAGUCUGACAUUUCCUUAGAGAAAUAAAGAAGGCCGUUCUGUUGAGAUGGAGAGUACAUGUGAACGUCAAUUUCUGGCUCAAUGUUUAGAGUCAUGUGAAGUCUACUGAUUUCAGGUGACCUUUUUUUCCCCAAAAUUGCAACUGUGUAGCGUCGUCCUUCUACUCCACAGUUAUGCUCUGCUUUGUGUUGAUCUGUCACAUAAAAUCCCAAACGGAUACGUGGAAGUGUGUGGUUGUAACAUGAAUGACUUUUUUUUUGGAAAAUCUAAGUAUAUAUUGGGUGUGUGAAUAUGUUUGCAGAGCUCCGUAUAUUUUGUAAUGUAACAGUCACAGCUCCACGCCGUGCGACCAAAGCGCCGCAGUUUUAAGGAAACCGGACAACAAACCAUCUCCCGCCCUGAGCUUUUACAGCGAGGACGAUGACUUUAGUAAGAAAAAAAAUUUUUAAAAAGCGAAUCGUUCGUUUCUACUCGUUUCUGUCGGUUUCCGCUUCGACCCGUUCGAAAGACGUUUCGACUAAACCGUUUAGGGACAAUCUUUUCUGUUUGGACGGCCGCCCCGCCCGGCCGUCCACUCAGUGACCGUACACGUGUGUCGCUCCUGUGUCGUCGUGAUUUCGGUGUCCACCCUGUCCCAUCCCGAACCCGUCCCCGCCCCCCCAAAGUGUGGUCUUCAGUGUUAGUCAAGUGUGUGCUGUUACGAAAACCUUAACGGGACGGAAACUCAAACGUAUAUAUUCUUAUUAUAGCUGGUUCGUAUAAUUUAAACUGUUUGUGUCGACAAUUACUUACCCUUCACUGGCUCUUUGAGAUGUUUUUUGAUUAUAUAUUAUUAUUAUUAUGCACUACUUUUCUAUUCACUCCCCCCACCUAACGAUUUCCGUGCAAACGUGGACUCCACCUAUUUAUUGUAACUGUAAAGAUGAUUUAUUAAAUGGUUUUUUUCCCCCCCACAAUUACUUAUUUAAGAUGUAGCGUGAUGCAGUGGUCUUAAGUUAUCUAUGUUCUCUGUGAUUAGAGCCAGAACCCCAGAUUUUGUUUCUAAUAUAUUUCAGUGGAAUUUGGUUGUUCAGAGGAGCGGGAGUCCGAAAAGGAGAAAAAAAACUAAACAAAGUGAGAAGCGAAGGAAACCAUCUGGACCCGUCUCCCUCCCUUUAGUUACCCCGAUGAUGUGUGAAUAUCGUCACCUGUAACACUUGACUCGUAACUGUCUUCAUGUGGUUCCUUUUUAUUUUUUCUAUGUUGAAACACUGUUCGUUUAUUCUGUACGUGUCCCUUGUUUUGUUGUUUUGUUUUUGUAAAAGCGUAUUUAUUUCACUAUUUUUGUAGACGAGAAAAAAAGAUUUUUUGAUUUUGAUUGUAUUUUUCUAUUUAAAUAGGACUAAUAUGACAAUUUAUUUCCCCCCCCCCCUCUUCCCCCCCCCCCCCCCCCACCAAUGAAUUACGCCCCACAGGUUCAGAGGAAUCAUUUCAUUAGCAACGCCAUCAGACGUUUUUGAUACACAGGUGAUUCUUAUUUUGAUACGCGAGGCACAUGUUGUUUGAAGGAAGGAAACAUGAAGGUUUUCUUUAAAUCUGGGAAGACACUUGACAUUCUCGCCCCCCUCAAAAGCCCCCACUUCCUUCCUUCCCCACCCCGUUGCAUCGAGGCCCCGGCUGCCUGUCCUCGUAGAUGCUCUGAAACUUGAAUAUAACACAUUUUGAAAGGCCGACUAACCUCGACUCUGUGUUGUGAUGUGCAAUACUGUUUCUAAUGUUUGUAUAAAAGUAAGAACUACAGUGUAGACCUUUUUAAAAUGCAGAUUUAUUUUUUUCAUUGCAUAUUUUGCAGAUUUCUGAUCCACAGUGUCAUUUUUUACCGUCAGAAAAACGAACCCCGUUUUUUCAUUGCGAGUAUUUUUAAAUCCAGAUAUCUUUGUACUGAUGUAAAUGAUUGUAGUUAUUUUGAAUAGUGUUUUGCUAACAAAAGGAGAGACUUUUUCAUGCGUAUUUCUAUUUCCUUUCAUCUUGUUUUGUCCUGCGUUUUUAUUUUUCAUUUAACAGUAGCAGAUUAUUUUUCUGUCUUGUUUUUUUUUUUUUUUUUUUGUUUUGGAAGAAUUCGUCAUAUUUAAAUGUUAUUGUUUUUGUGGAGGUUUAUUUGUAUUUUUAUGUGGACACAUAAUAUAUUUGAGAUGCUAACUGCUGAGAUAUUUUUGAGUUUUUGAUUAUUUUUAAAGCUAAAUAUUUGUAAUUUUAUUGGUAAAGUGACUAAUUUCUAAAUCAAAGUUUGUGUAUAGAUUCACAAAGCGGUCUAUAAGGUGUUUGGAUUGCGAUUAUUACUGAAUGGUUCUUUGAUAUGCAAGAUGAAUAUCAUGGUUAUUUUUAUUUUUGUUGGUUUUGUAUUUAAAUGGGGUGUUGAUUACAAAUCUUCUUUUCUUUCACUUCCUGAAUAAAGACCCAUUCUGUUUGGA